AUGAUGGUUUCGCAGUGUUUGCACCACUCCCUUUCUUUUAUGAAACAACCCCGUCAUCUAGAUGCCGGAGACUUCGUCGCGCGUCACCGCUUCUCUUGUAAACCAUCAUUGACCUCAUGCCUGAGACUUCAUUUCAGUAAAUUUAGCCGGCCCGGGGAGCAGACCGGCCUUCGGGCUGGUAAAUACCGCCGGCCUGGGGGGGAAGCCUCCCUGAUUCGCGACUUUGACGCGCCCAGUCAAAUCGACCAAGCCCAGCAGCUGACGGGACCCAGCAGUAGCAGCAGUCGUUCAAACAGUCCUUUUCCUUUUUCCGAAAGUCAUUCGAUCACCACUCUUCGAGGCUCCACUCACUUCUGCUUGCUUCGAGACACUAGCUCCCUCUGCAGCGCCAGCUCAUUCCUGCAACUUCCAGCACUCCUGCAGCAUCCACCUCCAGCGACCAGUUCCAACGUCCGGAUACAGUUCCCGAACAAACGACCUGUCUUCCAGCACCACCCACUGUUCGCAAAUCCAAGACUCGACUCCUUCAAAUUCAACGGACCAUCUGCAGUCAUCCUUCUUUGCCCCAACAGCUUCCAGCACACCUUUGUGUCCCCCCUUGCGGCGCUCUGGACGUCCCACUACCUAUUCCAUUGCAACCCUUGA